UAGAAUUUCACUUUGUUAUUGUAUCUUCAUAAAAUAUAAUAUUGCUUUAUAAUUUUUACAUUUAACUUUUAUAAUCUAUUUUCUUGAAAUACAACAUCAUGAACACAGAUAGUAAUUCAUUUGAUCCUACUCCAAAAUUAAAAUCUAGUCCUGUACCUGUUUUAUUUAUUCCUUUUAAAAAUAAUGAGGAAAACUGUAAUUAUUGUGGAAUUGAAUACUCCAAGUCACUUGAGCGUUACCAAAAAUAUUGCAAAUAUUGUUUAUUUUGGUAUAUUCAAUAUAUAACGAGCAAUAAUACAUACUUGGAUGUACGUAUAAUGACAAACAAUUCUCAGUGUAUUAAACAUAAAACAACCAGAAAUAAUUUUUAUACCGCAAACAUUCAAGAAUGGUGUGAAUAUUGUUCCGAGAUUUUAUAUUUUACACAAGUAGUCAUAGAAAAUUCAAAUUGUAGGCACCAUGAUUUUAGUAAAUACUGCGUAAUUUGUCGUUACGAGAAGCGGUUAUCAGGUUAUCAGAUUUCUUCUGGAUGGGUAGAAUCAACUUUGACUAAAAAGUCCAUUCCGAUUCUAUAUUUACCAUGGUGGGAUAGUCUUAACCAAUGUGUAGUUUGUGAUAAAGAACUUAAAUAUAUACACCAAGAGUCAAAAUCUUAUUGUCAAAAAUGGUGUUCAUAUUGCUUUAUAAUUUAUACUGGAUGUAGGCAUUGUUUAACAACAAAUAUUAUUUUUGGAAUUGCAGAUCAAUCUCAAUGUAAGAAAUGCUCAAGAAUUUCAUUCAUUAGAAUUGAUAUUACAGAUAUUGAAAGUGGAAAUUUCAUUAUAGAAGAAUUUCUUGCUUCUACAAGAAUCAACAAUAAGCAACUCCAUUCUAUUGUUAAUUAUGAGACGAUUUUCGAUACAUCAAAUCCAUUUUAUACUUAUGAGUUUAUUAAUAAUAAACUUCGUUUAAGUCUACAUGAAAAAGUAAUAAAGUGGAUUCCAUAUUCUCAAAUUAAGAAUUUAAAGAAAAUAGCGGAAGGAGGAUUCAGUAUUAUUUAUAAAGCAACUUGGUUGGGAACUGAUGUUGCUGUAAAAAAAUUACAUGAUUCACAAAAUAUCAGUAAAUACUUUUUAAAUGAGUUAAGAUCACUUUAUCAAUGUGAUGAUGACAAUGAUUGGGUUAUUGGCUAUUAUGGCAUUACACAAGAUCCUAUAGCAAAAGAAUACAUGUUAAUAUUGGAUUAUGCAGAAGGUGGAAAUUUACAUGAUUAUUUGCAAAAGAACUUUAUAAAUAUUAGAUGGGUUGACAAAUUUUUGAUUUUGCAAGGAGUUUCAUUAGGACUCGAAAGAAUUCAUAAUAAUAAUGUUAUACAUCGAGAUCUUCAUAGUGGAAAUAUGCUAUUGUCAAAUUUUUGGAAAGUUGGAGACUUAGGAUUAUCACAGCCUGCAAAUAAUACAUUAUCAAAUAAUGAAAUAUAUGGAGUAAUACCUUAUAUCGCACCAGAAAUAUUUAAGGGUGCUGCAUUUUCAAAAGAAUCUGAUGUAUAUAGUUUGGGCAUGAUUAUGUGGGAACUUACAACAGGUUGUAAGCCUUUUGCUAAUGUUGAACAUGAUCAUAAUCUUAUCUUUAAAAUUCUUGAUGGAGAACGACCUAAAAUUACAGAAGAUACUCCUAAAUUUUAUGCUAAUUUAAUGAAAAAAUGUUGGGAUUCUAAUCCUUCAAAAAGACCAACUAUUGUUGAAAUGUAUAAUUAUAUUUCCAGUUGGAGUAAUACGCGUGGUACCAUAGAAUAUAGACAGGCAGAAAACAAAAGAUUGGAAUUGAUACGAUCAAAGAAACUUGGGCCUGAAUUUAGUGAAAAGUUUCAUCCAAAAGCAAUUUUUACAAGUAGAGCAUUAAGUUCUUUGAUUUCUAAAGCUUCAACUAUAAACUCUUCUUCAAUGAUCUCAUUUAAUGACAAACAAGGUAUGUUAUAUGUUAUGUUAUUAAGUAAUAAUUAGCCAUUAGUGAAAAUUUGAUUAGAC